CAUCCUCGGAAACUCUCUCAACAUGGCGGAAGUUGCAACUGAAGUGAAGCUUUUCAACAAGUGGUCGUACGAUGACAUCAGCGUCGCGGCGGACAUCUCCCUGGAGGACUACAUUGCCGUAAAGGGAAAGGCCGCCACGUUCCUGCCGCACACGGCUCAGCGCUACCAGAAGAAGCGCUUCCGCAAGGCGCAGUGCCCCAUUACGGAGCGCCUGGUGAACGCGCUCAUGCGCAAGGGCCGCAACUCGGGCAAGAAGCUCAAGGCCACGCGCAUCGUCAAGCACACGCUUGAGAUCAUCCACCUGCUGACGGACCGCAACCCGCUGCAGGUCGUGGUGGAGGCCGUCAUCAAGUCGGGCCCGCGUGAGGACUCGACCCGCGUCGGCUCGGCCGGUGUGGUGCGUCGCCAGGGCGUGGAUGUGUCGCCCUUCCGCCGCGUGAACCAGGCCCUGUACCUGAUCGCCACGGGCGCCCGCGAGGCCUCGUUCCGCAACGUCAAGACCAUCGCCGAGUGCCUGGCCGACGAGCUGAUCAACGCCUCCAAGGGCUCGUCCAACAGUUACGCUAUUAAGAAGAAGGACGAAAUCGAGCGUGUGGCCAAGGCCAACAGAUAAGCGGAUUGCGCGUGGUCGUUGCGCGAGGGGAGUCUGGAUGCAAGUUCAGGCCUAGCAGGGGUGGAGACGAGCAGGGAGACGCAAAGCGGCAAAACAGCUACAGGAUCGCGGACAGUGGAGCAGGGAGUGGUCAGCCACUUUUUGGUCGAUAUUCUCUCUUCUUUGGAGGGAUGCUGGCGCGCGGUUCUGUUGGCUGCGUGGAGUGUUGUGGCAUGCUCGCUUCCGGUAUUUUACGUACGACUUCUGCCGCCCUCGGCGACAACAUGGCGAACCGAUUAAGGACCGACUUCCGUUUAUUCUGCUUGAUUGGGUUGGAAUAAAAUGUGAUACACCGAGUUGUUGAGAGCACCAA